UACGACGUCGUUGGGAAGUUUUUUCACUGUACACAACCCAGACGAACAGAAGCGUGCGGAUUCCGGGAAAACAGCGAGAAAAUCUUGGACAGGGACUGAGAAGAAGACAACAGAAUGACGAAGAAAGCUUCCAAUCCAUCAGGCGGAGGCUCUAAUCUAAAAUCAAAAGAUGUAGUGAGGAAGUCUUCAAGAUUGAGAGUCCAGACUUUGAGAAACCCUAAAAGAGACGAGAAGAAGAAGAAAUCCGGUAGAGUUGACAAUAAGAUUCCCAAGAAACCGCCCACUGCUUUCUUCUACUUCUUGGAGGAUUUUCGUAAGGAAUACCAAGAGCAGAAUCCAGAUGUCAAGUCCAUGCGCGAGAUUGGGAAGGCAUGUGGAGAGAAAUGGAAAAUUAUGUCCUACGAGGAAAAAGUGAAGUACUACGAUAUUGCCACUGAGAAGAGGGCAGAGUUUGAUCAAGCCAUGGCAGAAUAUACCAAGAGAAAGGAAUUGGGCGAGGAAUCAGAAACUGACUCGGAUUUUUCUGAAUAGUAUACCCUUUACCUGUUUAGUAAUAUUGUUCUUGGACGAGUUAAGGUGUAUAUUGGUCUCUUUUAGAAGUUUGUCUUUUUCCAUUUAGGUCGUUCUUUCUCUGUAUCAUUCUUCUAUGAAUCUUUUAAAUGAAGCCGCAUUCGGACGUCUA